GUUAUACACCCAAACGUUGUUCUCAUCGCGUACUGCCUAACUUAACUACAUUGUUCAACAAUCUCGCCUAACCGUAUGAACGUCGAGCUCCUUCUUACCUACAAUGUAUUACUAGAACGACAUUGUGUACUUAAGCUGCGUCGAAGUCGUAAAACCUUUGCCGAGUUCGAAGCCUCGUACGAUGGGGAAUGAGGUGUCCCUCUCACUGACCGACAUCCGCGGCGGCGCGACCGCUGUAGAGGCGCGCCUGCGUGCUGGCGCAAGCCCCAACAAGCGCAUGCUUUUUUCUCAGGACGUGGGCCCCCUGCCCAAAGCCUGCAAGUCCACUCCACUAGGCUACGCGCUCCUCGCAAACGACCUAGCCCUCCUGGACGUCCUACUUGCGGGAGGCGCCGAUGUACAGAAACCCGUGGGGUUACCCCAAGCGUUUGACUUUUCGCCCCUGCACCUAGCAGUUGCCCUGGACCGAGUGGAUGCCGUACGAAAGCUGCUAGCAUGCAGCGCCGAUCCCAACGCACCGCUGCAGCUCAAAAAGGGCACCGCGCGUCCGCCCGAACCAGCAGCACCGGCAGCAGCAGCCGCAGGAGCAGGAACAAGCGGCGCCGAGCGUCCCAAACUGCUUCCUGUGAGUCUGCCGUACACCCGCGCAGGCGACACUCCGCUUCACAUCGCCAUCGACUGCAGUACAUGCAGCAGCAGCACCAGCGGCGGUACGGGGGUCGUGGAGGCGCUUCUACAACACGAGGCCACCAAUGUCAACGCCCCAAACGCCCGAAAACGCACCCCGCUGUAUAAGGCCUGCAAACGCAAGAACGCGGCAUGCGUCAGGCUGCUGACGCGGCACCCACGCAUCGACGUCAACGCGGGUGGCCCCCUGUUCGCUGCCAUCAGGGUGGAGGACCCGACCCUGGUGUCGCUGUUGCUGCGGGCGGGGGCGGGGGUACACCAGCGCAUGCGAAAUGAAGCCGGCGAGACGCCGCUGCACUUUGCGCUUCAUCGCAGCAGCCUGUUCUUCAGCAACCGGGCUGAGAUUGUGGGUCAGCUGGUGCGGGCGGGGGCGGUGGUGGAGCCCGGCAUGCGGGAGUACCUGCAGGGGAGGAACUGGCGGAGGGUGCUUGCGGCGCUGGAUGCGGGAACAAGCAACAGCGGCAGCGGCGACGAUGAUGGUGGUAGUGCUGGUGGGAGCAGUGGAGGCGCUACAGGCAACACGGUGGGCGGUUUCGGAAGCACCGGCAUGAGCAGGAUCGCAGCAGCAGGACGUCCCCAUGUUGUCCGUGGCACUUCCGGACCUUCCAUGGGGCCUUCAGUUGCUGCUACUGCUACUGCGGUUGCCACUCCUGCUGCUUCUGCCGCCACCCGACCUCCAGCUGCGGAUCCGUUGUGGCUCACUGCGCACCCGCCCUCGUCCACAGCAACAACACCUCACACAGUAAACAACAGGAGCAGCGGCAGCAGCACCGGGAACCUUGGUUCCGCCACGCAGGCCGCUACCCAUGCCGGCGGCGAAUAUCCGCUAGCGGGCAGCUCUAUUGCGCAGACAUUGAGGGAGGAGUGCCAGCGCAAUCCCUUGCUAACGUUGUUCAUGCCAGUGUUGUUACCUAUAAUCAUUUUCGCGGAAUUAGGCGCGGCAAUAGGCAAGGCGCUGAGUGCGCUGGCGGAAGCUCUAGCGCUGCUCAUUCGCGUGGCUAUGGUGGUGUUGGCUGUGGCGGCGGUUGUGGUGGUUGCCAUCUUGACACUGGUCGCAAAGGCCGGCACUAGGGUGCUGCGGCGGCAGCGGACACGGCAGCAUGCAGGUGCCGUACAAUCCCAGUAUCAGUCCAACACCAGAAUCACCAGCAGCAGCAGCAGCCGCUACAUGGGGGUCAAAAGCCAUCUCACAGCAGCCGCCACCGCUGGUGAUUACCUCACCACCAACAACAACACUAGCAGCGUUCCCACCACCACCACCACCUCGCUGCCCCCAUCCUCCUCGUUUGCCGACUCCGCUUCCCCAUCCUCACCCUCACUACCAACACCAUCAUCACUGUUAACACGCGCCUGGGGUGAGCUUCGACGCAACCUCACUCCCCUUCGUGGCUGCCGGGCUUUCAUCAUCACCGCCGGCGCCUUCUUCACCGCACUCUUCCUGGCUUUCUUCCUCAUCGACCUGGGAGUCUCGCUGCUCCUCGCAAUCCUGCCGCAAACGCACCCUGUACGAACAGCCCUAGCGGCUUGCUCCAGGCGCCGGCGGCGGCGCGGCCAGGCAGAGGCGGGCGGCGGGCUGUGUCGUGAAGCGUGGUGGUGCCUCCCGGUCGCGUUGGCAUUGAGCUGGGUUACGGAUAUGUCGUACUUUGCGCUGACAGUGAUGCUGACGACGGCAUUCACCGCGCAAGUGGUGGGGGAGAUCUGGGUUGAGGUACGGCAGAGGAUGCUGGAGGAGGGGAAUGCAGUUGGAGGCAGGAGGUCUGCUGACUGGGGGGAAGCGGGGAGGGAGUGGGGAGACAGUCGGCAGCUGCGUCAAGGGGCCUCGGCUGCUGAGAAGUCAGCAGCAGCAGCAGGCGGCAGCGAUUGCGGGGGUGGUGAUCACGGGUUGUGCUGUGUAUGUAAGGCGGCUAGCGCGGUAGUGGGGUUCGUGCAUUCGGAUGUCGUACACUGCUGCAUGUGCGGGGAGUGUGAGGUGCAGAUGCGGCAGCGGGGCUUGCUGGGCAGUUGUCCGGUGUGUGGCCGACCCGCGGGGUCGGUGACUCGGGUUGUGGUGAGCUGAGGUGAGAUGGGGGGGAGCUGAGCUACGGGAAUUUAUGCUGGAUCGAGAGUGCCUCUUACCAGCAGUCUGAUUUUACGUCAGGGGUUCCAUGUAUGAAAAUAUGGCAAAAGCAGUGAGCUGCAGUCGGCUGGACAGCUCGCGUGUGCCAGUGCUUUCAGGUACAUGAUUGUGCUUGCAAACUGUGCACUUGUUGGGUAAGGUUAUCGAGAACACGUUUAGCUGCAUUUUGUUUUGCUUCUGGCUCCGUUUAUACUUGGCUGUGAGUGCUUGUAAGUUAAUUCCAGUGGGGGUUGCGCUAUGCAGUAGCAAGCGUGCGGAUGAAGGAUGGGCCGGCGUUACGGUGUGGUAGGUCGAAUGUGAUAAGUCGAUUGCGUUAGGUCGAAUGCAAUGAAGGCAGCGGGCUUUGCCGGGCAGCGUAGCUUCUGUUUGUCUCACUGAACAGGGCAGCAGGAGUAAGCUAACAGUUAGUUCGACGCUAGUUAAUUCAUCCCUUUCUUCGUUUGCUAUCUGGAACUGCAUGUGGGGUGUAUCAAUAUUCGUACUCGAUGCCAAAACUGCCCAUGUCUUUAUUGCUUGAGAAACCCGGGACCACAGUACUUGUGGGGCAAUGGGCAGCCGGUGUUGCACUGACAGGCCCUUAUAAGACAUGCUGCCGCGGGCCGUAAGUGCCUGUGUAAGACAAUCCUUCA